UAACUGAUUACAGCAGUUUACAGUUACCAUAGGUGAACUUUUGACAUUCUAUUGUCUUUGUUGACUGCUCUCUUUGCUCCUUUUACUCUUUAUUUAUUAUUGUUAUAUUGAAAAUGAUGAAGCAACUGCAAGGUGUUAUUGUCUGCUUGGCUUAUCUAUCAGAUAACAUGAGGUAGAUCAUUAAAGAAAUAAACAUCACAUAAAACGUUGUCCAAUUCUCAUAAACAAAUUUUAAGCACUGUACAAUCAUAACUCAAAAGCUUACGACAAAAGCCUUUCUUUGCAAAGUUAUAGAAUUUAUAAGAAGAGCCCUAAAUUGUUCAUUGUCAGCUCAAAGCUACAGAAAUAAGAAGAAAAAAAUUAAUUUAGGGCUCUUCUUAUGAAUUCUAUAACUUUGCAAAGAACGGUCGUGUAGAGCUGGGGGAUGUUUCAUUUUAAUCAGAAAUUUGCGGGCUACAAUUCUGCAUUAUUAAAAAAGGCUUGGGUUGUUUUUUGGGGUUCUUGAAAAACUGGUUUUCCAGAAGACUGGAUCUUCGAAGAGCUAUGUCCCAUGAUCAUAUUCAGAAUCAGCAUGGUCGAUAACCUAUAACCCACUAGAUGUCGAUCAAAAAGCGAUUUAUCACCUCGGGAGGUUCCCUCGUUAGUGUAAAACUCUUGCCUAUAUACAUAAAUUGUGAUCUAGUCAAAUAUUAUUUUUAGAAAAAUAGCUAAAGUAAAAUUGCAUUGUUUGUUCGAAAAUAAAGUCUGAAACUUUAUCUGUCAAUGUAACCUUUCUAUUUAAUGACGUCAUGAAAUUAAAAACUUUUAAUUGACAUUUAUUUAAUUAAUUAUUAUUCUACGACUAUUUAUUGAGCUUCUUUAUUGCACAUUGUUUUAUUUUAUCCCGCUAUAAACAUAACCAAAUUCAUUACCCAUGCUAAAUGAAUGUCAAUUAAAAGCCACAGUUACUUUAAAAACAAAAAUUUCUACCCAUUAACAUCUUUAGAAAGUAAAUACCAGUGUCAUAAAGACAUGAAAAUAAAUGUUUGUAAUAGAGACUCUUGCUUUUUCCUUUUAUUCCUUCACUUCUUUAUUCAUUGUAUCAAUUCCUAUUUUGUUUUAUUUUUUAGUUUUCCAACUCUGUCACAAAUCUCAUGGCUAGUUCUCAGUCUAAUCUUUCAACUCAGCAUCGGUCAUCUUACACAUCACAAACAAACAUGUCAAUCAGAGUAUGUAUGAACACUAAAAGUAUACGAGUUGAUAAACUGAAAAAAACGUUUAUAUCGCAUUCCCGUUUUAUAACAAUUUUAACCGUUUUGUUUGUUUUUCUCUAUUUUGUAGAGAGUUGAUUCACCAAUUUUAUCCAAUUCAACCACACUUUCAUCACCAUCGACUAAAACAUCUUUAUGUUCAAAUCCUAGUGUAGGUCAGGCAAGAAUUAUAUCAUCAUCAGGGAGUGGAGCAUCUGCUCAAUAUGUUCUUCAAACAACAAAUUCUGGAAAUAACGAAUCUCAAGGUGCGGGUCGUGUAAUUAUCGCUACUGCUCAUGCUCCAUCGUCACAAUCCUCAACAACUACAACGACAACGGCAACACACAAUACCAAUAGUCAGGGUCAAGCACCAUAUGUAGCAGAAAAUCGUGGACAGUUUACUCAACAAAAUCAGAAUUCAAAUACAACAGAUGGAACACCCGUGUGA